AUGGAGCGCGACGAUAUUAGCAGCACAAACAGUACUGAUGACAACUCUUCGGACACUUGGAGUUUGAUAGAGGAGGAAGAUGGAGGAACACCAUUGUCUCCAGAGGAGAUGAUGAUGAAGCGAGAGAGGAUGAGACAACAGACUGUAAACGAGAUUGUCAAGACAGAGACAAGUUAUGUUAGGGAUCUAAAGCUGAUAGCUAAAUUGUUUAUCGAUCCAAUCAGAAGCAAGAUCUCACAACAAGAAUACAACGAUGUAUUCGGAUGUACAGAGCGUAUAUUAGAUCAACAUAGAGAUAUACUAGUUGAGUUUGAAAGCAUUCCAACUCGUAGCCCUACCCAACAGAACAUUGGAGAGGUGUUGUAUAAAUCAUUCAAUCACAAGGACUUUACCAGCCUUUAUGUAUCAUUCUGCAAGCACCAGGACACUUGCCAGCUGGCAUUCGAUCGACUUAGAGCCAACUCAAAGGUGUUUGCCACAUGUAUAGACAAUGCCAAGCAGAACUAUCUGUGUCGUGGCCUGACGUUCCCGAUGCUGAUCAUCAAGCCCGUGCAGAGGAUCACCAAGUACCCUCUGUUGCUGAGGUCGCUGAUGGAGAAUACUCCGCAGGACUUUAGCGAUUUCAAGGCACUGCAGCAGGCAUACAACAAGAUCAACUUUGUGUUGGAGGAGGUCAAUCAUCAGAAACGUCUGUUGGACGAGUCCAUCUUCAAUGCGAUUAAGCUCAAGGAGAUCGAAAACAACCUGAGCUAUGACGACAACAGACCAAACGAGUGUACCACCCGUCGAUUCAUCAAAGAAUCCCUGAUAUCCAAGGGUCAUGAGAAGGAAUCCCUUCGUUGUAUAUUAUGUAGUGACAUAUUGAUAAUUGCCAAGAAUAAGAAGAAGAUGGCCACAGUGAAGAGAGUGAUUGUACUUAAUAGAGUAUUGGUGAGGAAUAAGGUGGAGACUAUUUAUGGAUCAACACGUGGAUUCGAGAUGCUCCUGCCAGAGAAGGACGACAAGAUCAAACGAUUCUACUUUGCUCACGAGUCGGAGAAGAAUGAGUUCUUCCAAAUGAUCUACCAACACUCCAAUAUGAACCUCCUCGACAAGUCUUGGCUGGUCAAGUACAAGACAUUCUUGGACAAGUGCUCGUCUUAUGGUGACCCGGCGGCAGUGGCUGCAGCAGAGGCAGCCAGUCUGCGCGACUUUGGAUGCAGCUCACUCAAGGGCUUCAAGAGUCUGAAUAACUUUGCCAACUCCGGUUACACCCUGGAACAGAUGCAGCCCAGGCGACAACAGCAGCCGGUGCCCAUGCUACAGGACAUCUUUCGCAAGUCGACCAGCGACGUCAACUCGCUCGUUAGUCCGACUUCGCAGGAUGUUGGUGAUCACUUCUUGUCGCCACCUUGCUCAUCAUCGUCCUCCUCCACUCCACAUGCCUACACACCAACUUUCUCGUCAAUCUCACCAGCAAUCAACAGUCACUCAUACAACAGCAACAGCAUAUCCCCGUCGAGCUCGUCCACGUCAGUGUCUCGGGCGGCCAACUCAAACACCCCCAGCACCAACUUCACCAGGGCUUCUUCAUUCCCCUCUUUGUCGCAAAGCAAUGAGGAGAUGAGACAUAGUCCUAAGAAGAUGCCACAGACCAUAUCCUCGAUCACCUACACGUCGAUGGAGGAGAAGGAGUACGAACUGCAACAGGCAGCUGCGCAACAUCAACAACACCCAAUCAUACCACCGCGCCCGUCAACACUGGGCGUGGACAGUCGGUCGUCGACGCCGUCCUCAACAGGACGCUACUCACCCCUGACAGGCAGCUUUGAGAACCUCGAGCAAGAGGUCAAUUCAAGCAAGUCGCCCAACAGGAUGGCGCCACCCAUCCCCGCACGCACUGGUGCGGCGUUGCCACCACCCCCUCCACUGCCGCCCGCUUUGAACCUGCCGAUCUCUGCGAUGGUCAUCUCUCUGCCACCGCCCCCGCCCCCACUCCUUUCGCCACCGACCGGCAUGGACUUGACGUCGCCGCCCAAGUUCGAGACUGGUCGACCAAGGAUGCAGGGAGGUUCAUUCAAUGUUCCGACGCCAGUGAGCGGAGUGGCCCUGAAGCGACCACAUAGCUACUCGAGUCCAAUCCCACCCACAACUACCACCAACAACAUCAACAAUGUACAUACAUCAGCGUUUAACAAGAUGAUGACGAGUAGGCCACCUAUACCAAUGGUACCUCCUCCAUCUUCAUCUUCAUCAUCAUCAUCACCUAGCAGUGGUGGUAAACCAUUGUUAGGAGGUGGAAGGAUGCCACCACCCCCACCAUCAAUCAAUACCAAGACUCGAUCACUGACACCAGUGUCUGCCAAGGCACCAGUUCAUACCUAG